CAAAGCGCAGUAGGUGCAGGAGAGAGAAAAAGAAAGAGAGAGCGAGAGAGCGCUCAAACAUCUGCAAGAAAAAAGCAGAAGACUGCAUGGAAGAAGAGCGGAGAGGAGCUCCUUCACAGGAAUACUGAGCCGAAAAGUUCCCAGCUGUUUGACCUUUGGCACAAACAUUAGGUGGACGAACAGAGAGAUUCAAGUUCAAAGCGCGGAGUGGCGAUGGUGAACAGCAGGGUGGAGGCACCCACAGUAGCGGUGAUGGGCAGCGGCGGCGGGACAGCGGGCAGGUCGUGUGCAGGAUGCGGGGGUCGUAUCGCGGACCGCUUCCUGCUCUUCUCGAUGGAGCGGUACUGGCACACGCGCUGCCUCAAGUGCUCCUGCUGCCACGCUCAGCUGGGCGAGUACAGCAGUACCUGCUACAGCAAAGGCGGCAUGAUCCUCUGCAAGAACGACUACAUCAGGCUGUUUGGACACAGUGGAGCCUGCAGCGCUUGUGGACAGUCUAUACCUGCCAGCGAGAUGGUGAUGCGAGCACAAGGCAGCGUUUACCACCUGAAGUGUUUCACGUGUGCAACAUGCAGGAACCGCCUGGUUCCCGGCGAUCGCUUCCACUAUGUCAACGGGACAAUCUUCUGUGAGCACGACCGGCCGGGAGGAGGCCUGCUCGGCGGACACUCAACUCCACUGCAGGGCAACAACAUCAUGUCUGACCAGAAGGUCUGCUGAGGAAGAGGAUGGAAAACCAAAUGUGUGCCUUCUCCCCCACCUUUUUCCUCUUCACCUUCUCCCCCUCGCUGUAAAUCCCACCGCUGGUCAACCUCCCUCUGAUCUCGUGGACCCUUGCCGCUGGUUCAGAUUUUAACUUCCCAACAGACUCUGAAGAUGACGAGGAGUAAAAUCUGAAAGAGGUCUGUUGGGAUUUCACUGAUUAGCUGUGGCCUGGCUGAAAGAGGAAAAGUGGAACUGUCCCAUUUGUGUGAUUUUAAUUUUCCCAGCCAGCCAGUUACUGUGGACAUUGAAUGAGGAGAAGACAAUGAAAGCAAUGUGACUCCUGCAGGAGGUGAACUAUAUUUGACCACAUAUUUGAGUAAAACUCGUUUGGGUCUGUUGUGUUGUCAUUUUAGCUACUCGACGUUUCCUUCGACACGCUGAGAGACACCUGGACACCAUAACAUCUGUACUGACUUAAAGACGUGUACUUCUCUGUGAAAUAUUCACAUUUUAGCGAGUUAGUGAAGAGAAAUUGCUCCCUAGUGGCAGUGUGAAUGUCACAGACAAUGGGAUUGAUUUCUCCAUGAAUUUUAAGACUGUCUUUUCCCAGUUAAAUCAGCUCGUUCUCCUCCACAUGUCUCAUAUCAGUGACUCUGUAUGACCUGUUUUAGUCUGUGCAAGCUGCUUUGCAACCCACCUCCACCUGAGCUUCUCUUUUUAAUGCCGUUUCUGACUUUUUCAGUGUCAUAUCUGCUGACAUUGAUACCUGCUCUGUUCUAUAUGUGAAGGGAGAUGUACUGCCAUAUAUAUAUAAAUGACUACAAAUGGAAACCAAGAACAGUCGUCUUUUGACUGUAGUGUCAAAAACAAGGACGGACCCUUUAUUUAACUUACUUUAUUAAAGACUGGCUUUGAUUUUUAAUUCUUCCUGUUCUCAGGAAGAAGCUACUAUCACUGAGUUUCUGUUGUGGAAUAAAACAUCAGCUUAUGCAUAUGUGCAGUUCCUGGCUCCCAAGGUGAGUCAGUCCCUAUACACUCCCAUGUUAUAAUGUCCAACUUUGAAGCAGUUUUCUCCUAAAUAACAGGUGUACGGUGGGGUUCAUUUGUUUAUAGCUGUUUGGAUUUUAUUGAGGCUUAAAAUAACUGGCUUGCUCACUUUUAGCUGACAACGUGGCACAGCACCUUCUCCUCCAAAUAUGGUCACUUCCAGCUCCAGAAAACCAACAUGGCGGAGGCCAAAGAAUGAUAAAGUUAAAGUUACAACAGUGGGUGACAUGGCAGUGGCCAAGUCCAACUUUUCCUUCUACUAAGAAGAAUUAAGAGUGUGAAGGUAAUACUCUUUUAGCAAAACAAUGUUUAUGUUGUUGUUGUUGUACUGAUGGCAUUAGUGCUGUGGAAGCUUUACCAUGUGAACCAUUGUAGGAUAAAGUUAUAGUGCGCUAAAGUUGAUUCCACCUGUCUCCGUGUGCUGAUGGCGAUUAAUAAAACAGCUAAGACUGAUUAUUUGAAUAAAGACUCAUCUGACAGUCUGAGUUAACCACAAUCUGUGCCACAGUUUCAUUUUUUAAUUUUGUUGCCUCAUCUCCAGUAAACAUGAUAACAACAAAGUAAAAAUGCUAACAUUCUUUAUUGAUUUAGGAAACUGUAUUUAAAGAAAUAUUAAAGCAGGC